UUUUAUCAAGCAUUAGAUAAUCUUAGCUACGUAGGGUGUUAAUCCAGGGAAUAUCGUGAAGAACAAUAAAAUGGUGAAUUACAACAAGCCAAAUUGACCGCCUUUUAAACCAGCGUCUCAACCCCCAAUCUGAUUAAUUUUCCUGUAAAAUAUUCUUAUUUUGAUUAUUAGUGACAAGAGAGUUGAAUAUCAACUUGAUCUACGGUCAUCAGCCUUUCUGUAUUCGCUUCAUUUUGCCACAUUAGUCUGAUCAUGAAGACUCAAGAGUAAACAGUCUUACUCUUUUUGAAGACACAACUUGUCAGACUACAUUUCAACACAAGGAAAAUGGUGAUGUAACCUGCUCAACUUGACUCAAUUUUUGGGUUCUCCAAUAAACCAAGGCAUUUUCCUUAUAGUGACUUGUGUAUUAUAUUUGUAUCGGAACAUUUAUCAACAAUGCCUCUGCCCAUUGCAAUUCAAUAUCUAGAGAAAUACAAAUCAAUAAUUAAAGAAAAUCCUUUAAUUGCUACCGAAAUUGAAAAUGUUUUGAGAUGGGUCAGCUAUUUGGUAUCCGGUCGAUUUAAUAAUUCUAACAUAAUCUCAGAGUUGAUUUAUACUUCUUCAUCGUUACUUCAAAUUUCAAACGACAUCUUACUUAAGAGAGCAUUUAAUUGGAAAUCCAAUUUCAGUGAAGUAGUGGAGAGAUUAAAGAUCUUUGUCACUAUCAUUGAAUAUACUCAAGUUUUCUUUGAAAUUAGUGCAAAGAAAUUAGCAGGUGAAGCUGGAAAAUGGAUUACAAUCGCUAUUAUUCAAAUUACCAAGACUGUGAUAAAACUGAUUUUGCUGUUCAAGUACAAUGUUGGUAUACAACGUCAGAUACCCUUUUUGCCUUUGGAUAGACAAAGAGAUGUUCCAUCAAAAGGAUAUAACCCUCCAACCGUCGAGUCUGAAUCUAAUUCUGACCAGGCAGCUCCUUCAGCUAGCGAACGAACUGUUGUUACCUUACCUAGAUCAGGAAGAGUUAUUCGUACAUUGGAUAGUGCACCACCUCGAUCGAAACGAACUUGGGUUCUUCCUUCUGAGAGUUCCUUAAUCAACAAGAUUUUGGGUAAAGAGGAUAAAAAUGCUCCACCAACGGAAUUAAAUGAUACCCAAAAAUUAGCUGAAGUUCUUCAUAUAAUAAGACCACUUGUCCAUUUAUCAACGAUGAAAACUUUCGGUCAAUCGUCAUGGGCUCCCUACUUAGUCUCUUUUGGAAUGGAUGUUACAAGUUUAAAACUAAUGAGUGCAUCUAAUACACUUUGGAAUACCAGUGAAAGAUUGGAACUUAAUCAGCGAUCUUUUUCAAUGUUCCUUUACUUGAUGAGAUCACCUUUCUAUGAUAAUUAUACUAAAGUGCGAAUUAUCAGAAUUCUAACCACUCUAUCUGAGAGGAUACCUCUUUUCGGAUCACUCUUAAAACCCUUCAUCCAAUACUUACCAGAAUGGCAAAGGACAUAUUUUUACGUUUGGAAUGCUUAGUUGGGACAGUACGAUAUUUUUCACAAUUUUAUUAUCAACCGGUUGAUCAAAAAUAUGUUAAGUGGUGUAAAAAAGUCUGUCUCAGAACUGCAUGAGUUUCAAGCUUGACUCUAUUGCAAGCUACUCUCACACUUUUCUAGUUUCCUUCUGCUAAAUGUUAAUUCCUCUGUUAAUUCUUUCCACCUAACUUAUUCUCUUAUUAUCAUUUUAUUUCAUGGGUAUGGCUUUUUGGAUAAAGGGCUUCUUUUCUUUCCCAUCCAAUCUUUUUGUAUUUGUAAAUAAAUCUAUAGUCACCUUACCAAAAA